UUCGUAGUAAGCAUAAACUAAUCACUUUCCGCAGUGGAGCUCACUUUCCAUAGGUUUCCAAGUGUUUAGUUAAGAAAAAAACUACAAGUCCAGAAGUACAGACGGAAGACGUUUCCUUUUCCUGGGUGGAGGUCAACACUAUGGCUGCGCCUGUAGUACUGUGAAUGUGUUGGUUUCAUGUUCAAAAAAGAAGGGCAAAUAGCUUUGUUUAAGUUCUUCAGCGGCAAAAGUGACAUUUGUUACUGAAUUUUGCAGGUUGGUGACAUUAAGAGAAGAUAAGCAUGGUGCAUCUCACACCACUACUUCUAAAGAAUUAUCAUGGGGGACAUGUUGUCAUUCGCAUGUCUUUGGGCGGUUGCACCAACAGACCAUUCUACCGGAUUGUUGCAGCCUACAACAAGCGUGCCAGAGAUGGUAGAUACCUAGAACAGCUAGGCUCAUAUGAUCCAUUGCCAAACAUCUACAAUGAGAAGCUGGUUAGCUUUAAUUUUGAUAGGAUACGGUACUGGUUGGGGUGUGGAGCACAUCCUACAAAGCCUGUGGCCAAACUAUUAGGGCUUUCUGGAUUUUUCCCAUUACAUCCAAUGACAAUCACACAAGCUGAAAGAUUGAGGAGAAAAAGGCAUUGCAAGAAGCAUCCAAAGAGUCUGCAGACAAACUUUCAGAAACAGGAGAACCCCAGGAAAUGACCUAGAACUAUAGCUAAUUCUCCACUGCAUACUGUUGCAACAGGAACCUUAGUUCUGCUGUAGGACUAUCUUAGCAUGGAUAAUGGACCAGAGCCAAGUGUUGCUUAGUUAAAGGCAUUAAAAUCGGUUGCAUCUGUAACUGACUAGCCUUUUAAUGGUUAAUGUUCAUCUUCUAUUAUCCUCUGCCCAUCUUAUGCUUUACUGUCUGUGUGUCUAACAAAUUCACAUGUUCCACAUAGACUUCUCAGUGAAAUUUACUGUGAGAAAAACUUCAACCCUACUAGACCAUGGUUUGAAAAAGUUCCCAAUAAGCAAGGUUUCACUGCAAUCAUUUCUGAGCAGUCAGAAUCUGCAUCAGAAAUUAAUCAGCAAUUUAAUUCUCUAGUAAAUGAGUUGAACCUCUGCUCACAAAUGUCAGUGAUGAAAUAAAAUUCAAAAUGACAUCUGAUGUGAUAGAUACUGUUAUGUCAACAGACACUGUUUUUUUUAUUACAUUUCAGUGUGAAUUAUAAAAUUUAUGUAGCAAGGUGGCUUCUGUGUUCAUAUAUUUUCAUGUUGCUUGGGUGUGUUUUUUUUUUUUUUUUUUUUUUUUUAUUACUAUUCCUACAUUGUAGUUGGAACAAAGCUGUGAAACUGUAGGCUUCUGUUUAAUUUCCUGCAGUGCAUCUUUGUCUUGUUUAGACAAUAAAUUAGUUACUUAUUUGUAUCAGGUCA